AUCUUUCUUCGACAUUUUUACAAAAGCUAGACGUCGCUUCAACGCCUACGAAUGGAAUGUCUCGCCAAAGGUUCUAUAACGACUUAUAUUCUAUAGAAUCUUUGUUCUUCAGGUUUUUGUGGAACUGCUUUGAAACGUAAGUGUGGAAGUGUUCGAAGGAGGCGAUUCGAAUUUUUUAAGCUAACCUCUUAUUGAAAUUUCGUGUGCUGAAGCGCAAAAAUUAAGUUCUUGUAGUUCGAAGGUGUGAUUUGGUAGUUUCUUUAAUGAUGGAAGCGGCUGGCGGAACAGAUAAAACUCGUUUCAAACCGGAAGAUCACGGACUACAGUUGGAUUUUAAACUAACUGAUUUUUCAGAACUGAAGGGAUGAGGAUGUAAAGUCCCGCAGGAAGUUUUGUUGAAGCUUCUUGCGGGAAUAGGCAUUGGCGGCAAUGCCGCUGUGCUCUCACCAGUUGGAGGAGGCCCACUGAUAGAUGCAGGUUUAGACUCAGCUGUAAUUACUCUUCCCCGACAUCGACUAUUUUUGCUACAGACGACGGACUUCUUCUACCCACUGAUUGAUGAUCCAUAUAUUAUGGGAGGCAUCGCAUGUGCAAAUGUCCUUAGUGACUUAUAUGCCAUGGGUGUGUCACAGAUUGAUAGUGUGCUGAUGAUUAUUGCGCCCUCUUCAAAGUUUAGUGACAAGGAGAGAGAUGUGAUAUUACCAUUGCUCGCUAAAGGAUUUGAGAAUUGUGCUAAGCGAGCAGGCACCUGUGUGACUGGUGGCCACACUGGAAUUAAUCCUUGGUGUAUUAUCGGAGGUGUUGCAACAAGUGUUUGUACUCAAGAUGAAUUUGUUAUGCCGAAUGAAGCUAAGCCUGGGGAUGUGUUGGUCUUGACAAAGCCACUGGGCACGCAAGUGGCUGUUGUGUGCCAUUCCUGGCUUAAUGACGACAACCGUUGGCCGAAACUUGAACCAGUAAUUACAAUAGAUGCUAUGCAGAGUGCUUAUAAUCAGGCAGUUGAUUUUAUGUCUCGCCUUAACAAGACAGGUGCUGAACUUAUGCUGCAGUAUCAAGCUCAUGGUGCUACUGAUGUGACUGGGUUUGGCAUAUUGGGACAUGCACAAAAUUUGGCAAAAUACCAAAAGAAUGAAGUCUCAUUUGUGAUUGACACAUUACCAGUUAUUGCAGGUAUUGCAGCAAUUGGUACUGUUAUGACAGGAUCUCUCAAUAUACGCACAGGCCGAGUGCCAGAGACUUCUGGAGGGCUCUUGAUCUGUUUGGACGAAACUAGAGCUCAUGAGUUCAUCAGAGAAUUUUCUGCAAAGGAAGGAUAUGAACCAUGGAUUAUUGGUACUGUUUGUCAGGGUCAGAGAACAGCACAAAUAAAAUCAGAUGCCACAAUACUUGAAAUUGCAUAAAAUAUUGCAGUACAUUUCAUUCAUGCUUUAUGAAGGUAUCUUUUGGCCUAAAUAAUCAGUAUCUGUUGGAUAUUUAGUUGAUUUCCAUUUACACUAUAAAUUUAAGUGAUUAUGUUUGAUUUAUCCCUGAUUACUUAUUGGAGGAAGAAAAUAACUCUUGUUGUACAAAUACUUAAUGUGACACAGCUGGACAGACCUGCUUUUUGUUGUCCCAUUGUUGUGGUCCAUAUUUCUAAGCAAACAUUUUAGGGGGCAAAAUGCAUUUAAUGGACUUUAUUAUGUUAAGAUAUGUAAUCUGAUAUGUAGCCUGAGAGAGAAAAUUUGAGCUGUUUGACACUGAAUGAUUUGUAGUAGUUAAAGUUUCUGAAACAGCUGUUACGAUGAUGAUAGUGUUUAGCAGUUCAAAUUAAAAAUUGAAUUAGUCAAGGCUGCAAAAUCUGUUAUUUUAUGUUAUUGUUUAUAUAUUUGUUGGAAUUUUUAAUUAAAAGGGUGUAGUAGCACAAGAAGUGAAUGGAAAUUGGAGUACCUGCCAUUUGUGAUAAAUCUGUUAGAUUCCUGAAGUGAUUUUGUGAAAGAUUUAAUCAGUUACAGCAUUUUUGCCAUUUAAUGCUGUGCUUACAAUCCAAUGUUUAUGUUGUAAAAGUGAGACUGAUAAUUGCAGUUGCGAUGAACAUGUUUUGUAGCCAGGCAUUGAAUGACUUGUGAUAGCCAAAGUUUCUAACAGCUAUUGCAAUGAUGAUAAUGUUUGUCUUCAUAAGAUGUCUUCACCAUACUGCUUAUGAGCUGUAGAAUCGGUUAAAAUUCUUGUGUACUUAAUAUGAAUUACAGUUAUUGUAGACGUUGUAGUUAUCAGUUUGUUAGAUUAAGAUUUUUCUUUUUGGGUGGUCCUUGUGAGACGUGGCAGGGUUUUUGGAUUUUUAUGAUACAGAUUUACUGUUGACUGAAAUUUUAUGAUGAUUUCACAUUUUAACCAUAAGUCUCAAAAACGUUUCUUGUGUGCCAUGUAGUUCCAGCCAUUUAGACAUAUUAGUAAAAUUAUUUAAUCCUGCUCUGUGUAGUAUAUCUAUGCUCAGUGUUCUUAUGAAUUAGUUUAAAAGGUGGAGAAUGCCAAAAAUGAGAUACUUUCCAUUUAAAAUGAAAAAAGUCCUGUCAUGUAUCAGGUUUAUUGUAACUUAAUUUGUCUGUAUUUGGAUACAUCUAGAAUAAUUAUUUACAUAGAAUUAAGGUACACAAAUACACAAUGUCACUUUGCAUCUUUUGAAAAUUCUAGAGCUGAAACAAAUGUUAAAUUUACCCAUCUUCAUUCAUAAACAGUCUGCAGAUGUGUACUGCCUAUGUUACUGCUAUUGUUACCAAUUACCAGCAAUCUGCAUCCCACAAUUGACAUUAUAAAUUUCAUAACUAUAAUGUAAUAACAGUUGUUUGUGUGCUGUACAAAUAAAAGUUAAUUUUUUCAAACUUAAAUAA